ACGUUGAGAACAUAUCGACAAUCACGUUAACGUGUUCAAAACCCAACGAAGUUCUAGUGUACUAUCGAGAAUCUGACAGAUUCGAUCACUUCGUGACAGGAGUGUGUAGAUAUUUUCCUCUCUUUUUUUUCUCUCCGUUUCGCCUUUGUUCAUAUUCUUUACCUGUUUUUCUCUCUCGCGUGUUACCCUCCCCCUUUACCUUUCCAACCCUUAAGCGCCUUAUCCCCCAUUUUCAUCUGCCGGGUAAAAAAGAGAACACUCUUUACCCUUCUUCCCCUCUCCACCCCCCUCCCCAUCAUCCCUUCUCUGUUUCUCACUGUCUUUCUCCGUGCCUCUCGUUUUCUCUCCCUCUCUUCACCGAUACAUCGCAUAUUUUUCUUUCCUUUUUUUACUAAAUGUCCACGAUAACAACACAAUUUUCGGUUCCCCUUCUACACACCGCGAACGUGGAUGAGUGAUUGCAUUUUCACGCUAUAGCCGAUCAUCAUCGGCUAAACUACCUCGUAUCGUGAGUGAAUGCUCCUUACAUUUAACUGGUGUCGAUGUACACACGGUGUAACGUUAUCGUAGCAUUGGCCAGAGAGCAUUUCUAAAAAGUAUCUUUGUCCAGAUAGAAAUUCGACAUGAUGAAGAGCAGUUCUAUGCUUAAGAAAGAAAGCAAAAUGCGUAUACGUGCUUUUCCGACGACUAUGGAUGAAAAGUAUGUAGAAAGUAUUUGGGCACUACUGAAAAAUGCUAUUCAAGAAAUUCAGAAAAAAAAUAAUUCAGGACUUAGUUUUGAAGAACUUUAUCGGAAUGCUUAUACUAUGGUCCUUCACAAAUAUGGGGAGCGUUUAUAUACUGGUUUAAAGGAAGUUGUAACACAUCAUUUAGAAAAUAAAGUGAGAGAAGAUGUAUUAAGAUCUCUUCAUAACAAUUUUCUUCAAACAUUAAAUCAAGCUUGGAAUGAUCAUCAAACAUCUAUGGUGAUGAUCAGAGAUGUUUUGAUGUAUAUGGACAGAGUGUAUGUGCAACAGCAUGAUGUAGACAAUGUGUAUAAUUUGGGACUUAUCAUAUUUAGAGAUCAGGUGGUCAGAUAUGGAUGUGUUAGAGAUCAUUUACGAGAAACUUUACUAGGUAUGGUAGCAAGAGAAAGAAGGGGAGAAGUAGUAGAUCGCAUUGCGAUAAAAAAUGCCUGCCAAAUGUUAAUGUUACUUGGCAUUAACAGUCGUCAAGUUUAUGAAGAAGACUUUGAAAGGCCUUUUUUACAACAAAGUGCUGAGUUUUAUAGAAUGGAAUCUCAAAAAUUUCUGGCAGAAAAUAGCGCAUCAGUUUAUAUAAAGAAAGUUGAAGCUAGAAUUUGCGAAGAAUCAGAAAGAGCGAAACAUUAUUUAGAUGAAUCUACCGAACCGCGGAUAGUAGAAGUUGUAGAAGAAGAACUAAUUAAAAUUCAUAUGAAAACUAUCGUUGAGAUGGAAAACAGUGGUGUGGUGCACAUGCUCAAAAAUCAGAAAACUGAAGAUUUGGGUUGCAUGUACAAAUUAUUUUCACGAGUUUCGGAUGGAUUACGUACUGUGUGCGAUUGUGUCUCUCAAUUUCUUAAAGAACAAGGACGUGCCAUGGUUCAAGAGGAACAUGAAUUAACGACGAAUGCCGUUCUUUUUAUUCAAAAUUUACUGGACUUGAAAGACCGCUUCGAUCAUUUUCUUCACUACUCGUUUAAUAACGACAAGAACUAUAAGCAAAUGAUCGCGUCUGACUUUGAAUAUUUUCUAAAUUUAAACACAAAAAGUCCAGAAUAUCUUUCGCUUUUCAUCGAUGAUAAGCUGAAAAAAGGUGUUAAAGGGAUGACAGAGCAAGAAAUUGAAGGUAUCCUGGAUAAAACUAUGGUUUUAUUCAGAUUUCUUCAAGAAAAAGAUGUAUUCGAACGGUACUAUAAACAACACUUAGCUAAGCGUCUUCUCUUGAAUAAAUCCGUGUCCGACGAUAGUGAAAAAAACAUGAUAUCCAAACUAAAGACUGAAUGUGGAUGCCAAUUCACAUCAAAAUUAGAGGGGAUGUUCAAAGACAUAACAGUCAGUAAUACCAUCAUGGAUGAAUUUAAAGAUCAUGUCCUUACAUCUAAUACAAAUUUACAUGGUGUGGAUAUAAGUGUAAGAGUUUUAACAACUGGUUUUUGGCCGACGCAGUCCGCAACUCCGAAAUGUAGCAUGCCAUCUGCUCCACGAGAUGCUUUCGAUGCCUUCCGACGAUUUUAUCUUGCUAAACACAGUGGUCGACAGUUGACGUUACAACCACAAUUAGGUUCCGCGGAUUUAAACGCUGUAUUUCAUGGACCACGAAGAGAAGAAGGCAGCUGCGGUGGCUUAGAUACACCAUCGUCUUCGAGUUCUAGCGGUAACGGAAGCGGUAGCACCAAUGGUAGUCUUUUAAGCCAACGUAGCAGCAAUUGUGGAAACACAAGGAAACACAUAAUACAAGUAUCAACUUAUCAAAUGUGCGUUUUAAUGCUAUUCAACAAACGAGACAAAUUGACGUAUGAGGAAAUUCAAGGUGAAACCGAUAUUCCAGAGAGAGACUUGGUUAGAGCAUUACAAUCUCUCGCAAUGGGCAAAGCCACGCAAAGAGUGUUAUUAAAGCAUCCUCGUACAAAGGAAAUAGAACCUUCGCAUUAUUUCUGUGUCAAUGACAGUUUUACAAGUAAAUUACACAGAGUGAAGAUUCAAACGGUAGCGGCGAAAGGUGAAUCGGAACCUGAAAGAAGAGAAACCCGUAAUAAAGUAGACGAGGAUAGAAAGCACGAAAUAGAAGCAGCUAUCGUUCGUAUCAUGAAAGACAGGAAGCGUAUGCCUCACAAUAUACUUGUAACGGAGGUAACAGAGCAAUUAAGAGGUCGAUUUUUGCCGUCACCCGUAAUAAUUAAGAAACGUAUCGAAGGUUUAAUCGAACGUGAAUAUUUGGCACGCACUCCAGAAGAUAGAAAGGUGUAUACGUACGUUGCUUAAUGCUCGAAUUGAAAUGUUGGAUCUGUACAAACAUAAUAUUUAUUGUAGUAUGCCAAAAGUGGAAUCUACAAAUCUAUAACAGAUGCGGAGUUUAUCUGUGGAAUUUAAGUGAGUGCGCGCAUUCUUAUAUAAAAGACGAGGAACUUAAUAAAGGGAAUGAAAAGUUAUGAUUAUAUAAAAACCGUAUUCUUAUGGGCUCGUGUGU